UUCUAAAAAAACUCCCAAACGGCAUACACCCUAGAACGCUCGACUCCAACGAAACGAUGAUGGAAAAUUUGGAUAUGAAUUUUCAAAUCAAACGUGUACUGUGAAUCUGUGAUCUUCAAAACAGUUAUAAACCUCCGAUUCCUGCAUUUCUAUCUUCUUAUCAACGCAAGUAAUGAACGAUCCAAUAUUCAAAACCCUAACACCAUCGCAGUUCAUCACAUUCACAGUCCCAAAUCCCGUUAACCACCCCUGCUACCUCAACACUCCAAGGCUUCGCGUCGCCGUACUCGAUUCUCCGGUAGCUGUUGCUGCCGAUUACCUCCCAAAAGUCGCCGCCAUGAUUGUACCGGACCAGCGGGAAACAGACUGGAACUUCUGUACCGAGUCUGGUCAUCUUCAGCUUCUAUUUAACAUCCCUGGCCUUUCCCGUCUCAUCCUAAUCGGUAAUGAUCUCCCGCCUAAUCCAGAACCCCCCGUUUACAUUCGCCCUCCGGUUACUGAUACUGUUGAUAGAGAGAAACUAGAAGACGAAAUACAACCGCUUGUAAUGGCUUUGCAUCCCAAAGUGUGUUUUCAGAAAGGUUUGCCAAAUCUCCUAUUCUUGACAUAUGAAGAUGAUGUGUUGUAUCGUGUGAUUAUAGCUAGAUUUGUAGGCCCCUUCGUUGGUGAGUUUGUUGUUGAAGAUGUUGAAAUGGAAAGUAAUAAUGAUAGCGAUAAAAAACUCCGGAGGAGAUUGAGGUUUAAAAGAAUGCCUAAUUUGAUUCAAUCGCAGGUCCCUCUUAUCCCCAUUCUCGAUGAUGGCCAGAGUAAUACAAAGUUAGACUUGGAAAGUUUGAGGAAAAUGAAGAACGCAAAGUUUGAUGUCGACACAACGGUUUUGGUUCACCCAUACUUGACUCCUAUGGUUUCUGGUCUUUUCUUGAUUGCUUCACAUCUCAAUGAGCGAAUUCAACAAGGGUUUACUUCAAGAGCUUUGUGUUUAGGGGUUGGUGGUGGUGCUUUGUUAAGUUUCUUGAACACUCAAAUGGAGUUUGAAGUUGUUGGAGUGGAGGCCGAUGAAGCUGUUCUGAGUGCUGCAAAACAGUAUUUUGGGUUAAACAAUGGGAAAUCUAUCCAACUAAUUGUUGGAGAUGCAAUAGAAGUGAUUCAGAACUUUGCGACAAAAGGUGACACAGAUGAUUCACAGGUUAGUUUUGAGGGUUUAGAUGAUAAAUUUGAUGUAGUUAUGGCUGAUUUGGAUUCAAGUGAGGCUCGAAAUGGAAUUAGUGCUCCACCACCAGAAUUUAUUAAAAAAUCUGUUUUUCAAGCUGUGAGAUUACUUCUUCAUGAUCAUGGUGUCCUUAUCAUCAAUGUGGUUCCUCAGAAUGAGGUGAUCUAUAUGAAAUUGGUUCAAGAACUUAAGGAUGCUUUUCACAAGGUUUAUGGAAUAGAUGUUGGGAAUCAAGAUAAUUUUGUUCUUGUGGCCACUUUAUCACCAUCUUCUUCCAAUGAUCAUGAGAAUGCUUUCUUGAAGAGGUUGAGAUCUGUUAUUCAGGGAGCUUAUAUGGACUCCAUAGUGGAAUUGUGAAACAUGAUAUUGGCAUCUCAAAGAGCCUCUUCUUGUACAAAUGCAAUUCCCAGAACAGGUUUGUGAUCAACAAUAUUAGACCAUGUUGUUCAUUGGUCCUUAACAAUGUUGAAUUUAGAGUUGAAAACAUGUAGUUGAAGCCUUGAAGGUUGCAUUUUCUGGAAGUAGCUUUGUACUUCUCAAUAUAAAUGAUAGAAAAGCUGACAACAUACAGGUAAAUAGCAUAGUAGUCAAAAUCAUUAGAUUCACAAUGCAAUCCAUAUCAUGUAACAUAGUUGAAUUCUUGAUCAACUGUAACAUAUCAUUAUUUGAACUUUGGAAAAAUUCAAUACCUUCUAACAAGAUGACCAUAAUACGCCA